AUGGCCCGUAAUUGUCUGGCCAUUCAACUGAAGGUACGCGCGCUCACGCCUGUUAAUGCGUGCUCUUAAGCGCUCUCGGCAGACCUCUCUGUCCACUAACCAGGGUGCCAACACCGGCCACAUCAGCUACCACCUCCUCAUGGCAUGGAUCGCCAUAAAGACAGAUCGAAACAUUAAGGCCAUGCCACGAGCGACAAAACGGUUACUUGCGAUUAAGUGGAAGGCUCACUCGUCGACCGUCUGAACUUUGUCAAAAAGUGUAAAAAAACAAGGAACGGUGGAUUCAGCCUUCGACUAAUUUUUUCAAGAUGAUAAAUGACAUCAGGUCGUGAGACGCAAAGUGGGUGGAUAACGCGUCAGGUCUCACAUGCGGUGGUGUGAUGUUUGACCUUCGAUGCAGCAUACAUGCAUCAUACAUGCAUGCCUUUUAAACGAUGGACCGAAUACCGAAUGUUCGAUGGAGGUUCCUGUGUGCCAGAACACCGGCGGAAGUGGGACGACAGCAAAAUUCCCCCACAAAAUACUCUUUGCCUGUGCCUUCUCUAGCUUCGUUAUGCAUUGGAAAAAACUCGCUCUGAUGGGAACUUAAGAGCUGCAGAAAAGUCAAGUCAUAGAACGCGGGCAACUCCUGCGAAAUCUCACAACAGGCGUUUCAAUGCUCUCGGAAAACGUCUAUCCACCAAUCCGGUUGCAAAGACCUUUAUUUUUAUUGACCAAUGCACAGCGCGCCCGUUCUGAAUCGCUUAUUUGUCCCUUAACUGCAACAUCCUGCCCACUUCCCGGCCUGCAGAAUGAACCCUUCUUAUCAGGCCAAUUAGCUGAAUGUACAAACGCCCUCAAGCGUUCUUGGCAAACGUCUGUCCAUUAACCAGGCCUUCAACAAGGCCACAUCAGCUACGAUAUCUUUUCGACAUGGAUUGCAAUUGAGACAGAUCUAAACAUCAAGUCCAUGCUACGCCUAUUUUCCUGAAAAGGUAACUAGGAAGCGAAGAUGAGUAAAACACAGUUGAACAGCCCAUAACAAGGCAGUUACCUGCGUCUAAGCCAAAGGUUCACUUGUCGACCGUCUUAACUUUGCCGGAAAAAGCGUAAAAAAACAAGGAGCAGCGGAAUCAGCGUAAGGUGGGUGGGUAACGCGUCAGGUCUCACAUGCGGUGGUGUGAUGUUCGACCUUCGAUGCGGAACUGAUGGCCUCCACUGUGAGCGCAAUUGAGCCCACUGCUAACUUGAGCACGCAUCAGACCAAUCCUAGUGACUGUAACCGGCAAAUCAUUACGCCUUUUUUGUACUUAUAUCAUCAUCCGUCUCUCAAAAUCAUGAAAUAUGACAUUAAAACCAUGCAAUUACGAUGGAGAAUUGGGUUCCGUAGAUGUUCAAGGGGCUGUCAAUGAUUUGGUUGGCAAGAAAAGAUUCACCUCAGACUGGAGUGGGGUAGGCGGUGUCAAGUGUCGUCGGCAAGUAGAAUACGUCCUCGGACGACAGUGUGCCUUUCAAGACUGCUUCCUGGGACUCGUCUCUUCGCUUCUAUUGGCAAUGUGCCUUUACUUGCCUCACAGUUUUAGAUCUGGCUUUUCGGCAGUCAAAAAGCAAGAAAUCUGACGGAUUUAGAUUAGCUAAUCAUGAGGGCCACUGCAGGGGUCGUCCUCGACGAGUCAGUUUGUCGUCGAAGACCUCGAUGAGAUUAUCGGAAUUCCAAAAAUAAGGCUUCGUGGAAAUUCGGCCUGGACACAGUGCGACCGCAUCAAUGAAGAGGAUCCCCUGAAUGUUCACCCCCGGAAAAAGAUCACGAUCUGAAUUUUUCUAGUCGAUGCGAUUCACUGGACCGAAACUCAUGCAGUCGGACAGCGCAGUACAGCCAAAACCGAUCCUUGUCUGGCAUUCUGCAGUGCUGUGGACAACAGCCUAGGAGGUUUUGCACUUCUUGGUAAGCUGCCGUUCUGUAGUCACCCUUAUUCAAGAUCAAAAGCACUCAUGUACUCAGUACCGACGGGCAUUAUCUGUUACUCCUCCGCAAAUCACGCGGGAUGACCCCUUUCAAACGUGCUCCGAACUGACUGACUUACAGUCCAACUGUCGUGCGGCCUUUUUAGAUUUCCGGCCACACGUCUGCUAUGGCCAGACCUGGUACUUGAAAUCUCGUGGAGCUUAUGCGCACUCAACCAUUGUCUCCAGUACGAAAGCUGCAGAGACGGAGAACAGGACCGGUCACGAAAAAGUGUAUUAGGAAACCGCAAGUCAAGUCUAACUAGAAAGUAACGUGUAUUUAUAACAUUCUGCAUUUGGUCCAGUGAACUUCGGAAAGAAAAUUCUAGACAAGCUGAUCGAUGAUUCGAAUACAUGGAUUGAUCAAGCUCGGGGGGGGGGCAGCCAAUAAACGGAAAACGCACGUAGCCUCCAGUGAUUGGCUGACUCUUGUUUUUGGGAGUUUAUGUACUCCCAGAUAUGCCCUGCUAAGAAAUGUCAGACCGAUCCACCAGUCCGUUCUCCGUUUCGCUGCACCUCUGCAUUAUCGCGUGUUUGUAGUUGCCAGUUCCCAUUCCUUCGCGCUAGACGACUGCUGGUGAUGCUGCUGCUGCUACUGCUGCUGCUGCUACUGCUGCUGCUGCUGCUGCUACUGCUGCUGCUGCUGCUGCUGCUGCUGCUGCUGCUGCUGCUGCUGCUGCUGCUGCUGCUGCUGCUGCUGCUGCUGCUGCUGCUGCUGCUGCUGCUGCUGCUGCUGCUGCUGCUGCUGCUGCUGCUGCUGCUGCUAGUCGGCAAACGUUGAGGCAGUGA